AUGGCACCAAUUGCUAUAUCACCAGAGAGAGACCCGGCGCCGAGCCUGAAGACUGCCUACCAUGAUACUAUAAGGUUCUUCCUCAAUGGAACGCGGGUGGUCCUUGACGAGAUCGACCCCGAGGUCACGCUGCUAGAAUACCUGCGCGGCAUUGGCUUGACCGGCACCAAACUCGGCUGUGCGGAAGGCGGCUGUGGCGCAUGCACAGUAGUUAUCAGCCAGUAUAACCCGACGACAAAGAACAUUUACCAUGCGAGCGUUAACGCCUGUCUUGCCCCGCUUGCCAGUGUCGACGGGAAGCAUGUAAUCACGAUCGAAGGUAUCGGCAACGUCAAGCAGCCGCACCCAGCCCAGGAACGGAUAGCAAAGAGCAACGGAAGCCAGUGCGGAUUCUGCACACCUGGAAUUGUUAUGAGCUUGUACGCGCUGCUCAGGAAUAAUGACAGCCCGAACGAUCACGACAUUGAAGAGGCCUUUGACGGCAAUCUCUGCCGAUGUACCGGAUACCGCCCGAUCCUAGAUGCUGCUCAGACUUUCAGUGUUGACAGAGGUUGUGGUAAAAGCACCUCGAACGGUGGCUCUGGCUGUUGCAUGGAAAAUGGCAAUGGCCCCAAUGGCGCCAGUGGUGGAUGCUGCAAGAGCAAGAGCCUCGAUGACGGCCAACCUAUCAAGAAGUUCACACCGCCAGGCUUCAUUGAGUAUAAUAAAGAUACAGAGCUCAUCUUCCCACCUACACUGAAGAAGCAUGAGUUCAGGCCAUUGGCCUUCGGGAACAAGCGGAAGCGAUGGUACCGACCUGUCACGCUGGAGCAGCUGCUCGAGAUCAAGAGCGUGUACCCUGACGCCAAGAUCAUCGGUGGUAGCACCGAGACCCAGAUUGAGAUCAAGUUCAAGGCUAUGCAGUACCCCGUCUCGGUGUUCGUGGGCGAUAUUCCUGAGCUCCGACAAUACAGCUUUAAGGACGAUCACCUCGAGAUUGGCGGGAACGUCAUCCUGACAGAUCUGGAGAACAUAUGCCAAGAGGCCCUAAAGCACUAUGGACCUGUCCGUGGUCAAGUCUUCGAGGCGAUGUACAAGCAGCUCAAGUAUUUCGCUGGUCGGCAAAUCAGGAACGUCGGCACGCCGGCAGGAAAUCUUGCUACGGCCUCUCCCAUUUCCGACCUCAACCCUGUUUUCAUGGCUGCAAACUGUGUCUUGAUUGCAAAGUCGCAAGCUAAGACCACUGAGAUACCAAUGUCGACCUUUUUCAAGGGCUAUCGACGAACAGCCCUGGAGUCUGACGCAAUCAUCGCAUCCAUUCGCAUCCCCCUUAUGCAGGAGAAGGGCGACUAUUUCCGGGCUUACAAGCAAGCUAAGCGCAAGGACGACGACAUUGCUAUUGUCACUGCUGCUCUGCAUGUAAGUGUCGACGAAAAGGGGACCGUCGAGCAAGCCAACCUGGUCUACGGAGGCAUGGCGCCUUUCACCGUAGCUGCCAAGAAAGCCAACGAAUAUCUCGUUGGCAAGAUGUUCGCUCACCCAGAGACGCUGGAAGGUGCUAUGAGCGCACUGGGCUCUGAUUUUGAUCUCAGUUUUAGUGUCCCUGGUGGUAUGGCCUCGUACCGGAAGUCUUUGGCGCUCAGCUUCUUCUAUAGGUUCUACCAUGAGGUGCUUGCCGGACUGAACACUGCAAGCGAGCAUGGCGAUAGUCAAGCUGUGGAGGAGCUCGAGCGAGAGCUAUCGAGAGGCUACGAAGACCGUGAAGCUACAGCGGAGUACGCGAAGGAUACUAUUGGCAAGCCAGCCAACCAUGUUGCGGCCUUGAAGCAAGUCACCGGAGAGGCGCAAUAUACCGACGAUAUACCCCCCUUGAAGAAUGAACUGCAUGCGGCCAUAGUAUUCUCGACACGGCCACACGCCAAAAUCGUCUCCCGCGACUACUCGGCGGCUUUGGACAUACCAGGUGUUGUUGACAUCGUUGACAAGGAUGAUCUGCACAACCCAACUGAUAACAAAUGGGGAGCACCAAACUUUGAUGACCUAUUCCUCGCGGAGGACGAAGUCUUCACUGCAGGUCAACCAAUAGCAAUCGUUUUGGCUACAUCUCAAGCAAGGGCUGCGGAAGGUGUGAGAGCAGUAAAGAUCGAAUAUGAGAACCUUCCUGCCAUCUUCACGAUGGAGGAAGCUAUCGAGAAAGAAAGUUUUCAUAAGUAUUUCCGAUAUAUCAAAAAGGGAGAUACAGAGGAAGCUUUCAAGAACUGCGAUUACACCUUCUCUGGAGUUAGCCGGAUGGGCGGCCAGGAACACUUUUACCUGGAAACGAACGCAUGCCUGGCUAUUCCACACCCCGAAGGCGAGUUUGAAAUUUGGACCAGUAGCCAGAACCCCACGGAAAGUCAAAUGUUUGCUGCUAGAAUCCUCCAAGUUCCUGCGAACAAAGUGGUAGCCCGUGUCAAGCGCCUUGGUGGUGGAUUCGGUGGCAAGGAGACGAGAUGUGUGCAGCUCAGUACCAUCAUGGCACUGGCAGCCCAGAAGACCAAACGGCCAGUCAGGUGUAUGCUCAACAGAGAUGAAGACAUGGUCAUGUCGGGACAGCGACAUCCUUUCAUGGCCAAAUGGAAGGUUGGCGUAAAUAAGGAUGGGAAACUCCAAGCACUGGAUGUUGACGUGUUCAACAAUGCCGGAUGGUCAUUUGAUCUCAGCGCUGCAGUUUGCGAGCGAGCGAUGACACACAUUGACGGCUGCUACAAGAUACCAAACGUUCAUAUUCGUGGACGUCUUUGCAAGACGAACACCAUGUCGAACACAGCAUUCCGUGGCUUCGGUGGUCCACAAGGCAUGUUCAUUGCGGAGUCAUACAUGUCUGAAGUUGCGGACAGGUUAGGAAUGCCAGUGGAGGAGUUCCGCGAAAUCAACUUCUACGGGGAUAACGAUCAAACUCACUUCAACCAGGGAAUCGAUGACUGGCACGUUCCCAUCAUGUGGAAACAAGUUCAGGAGGAGUCAGAUUACGCCAAUCGGCGCAAGGCGGUGACCGAGUUCAACGCAACGCACAAGUGGCGCAAGCGAGGUCUGGCACUUAUCCCAACCAAGUUUGGCAUUUCCUUUACUGCGCUCUGGUUCAACCAAGCCGGUGCUUUGGUUCACAUCUACCACGAUGGUUCCGUCUUGGUUGCGCACGGAGGCACUGAGAUGGGCCAAGGUCUCCACACCAAGAUGUCAAUGAUUGCUGCCGAGGCUCUUCAAGUACCAUUGGAGGACGUUCACAUCUCCGACACAUCGACCAACACGGUUGCAAACACGUCCGCAACCGCCGCGUCCGCCUCUUCUGAUCUGAACGGAUAUGCUAUUUGGAAUGCCUGCGAACAGAUCAACGCUCGACUGGCGCCAUACCGGGAGAAGCUUGGUCCCAAGGCUACCAUGAAGGAUUUGGCUCAUGCUGCCUAUUUCGACCGGGUCAACCUCAGUGCGAACGGAUUCUACAAGACGCCUGAGAUUGGCUACACCUGGGGAGAGAACAAGGGCAAAAUGUUCUUUUACUUCACACAAGGUGUAACUGCGGCUGAAGUUGAGAUCGACUGCUUGACUGGCACAUGGUCGUGUCUCCGUGCCGAUAUCAAGAUGGAUGUCGGGCGCUCAAUCAACCCGUCUAUUGAUUACGGUCAAAUCGAAGGUGCCUUCGUGCAAGGCAUGGGUCUGUUCACGAUGGAAGAGAGUUUAUGGCUGCGAAACGGCCCCAUGGCUGGUAACCUCUUCACCAAGGGUCCAGGUGCUUACAAGAUCCCUGGCUUCCGUGACAUCCCCCAGGAAUUCAACGUGCGUCUGCUCAAGGGUGUGACUUGGGAGAACCUUCGCACGAUCCAGCGUAGUCGUGGUGUCGGCGAGCCACCACUCUUCAUGGGUAGUGCGGUUUUCUUCGCUAUUCGCGAUGCCCUUAAGUCCGCGCGUGCAGACUACGGCGUCGAAGCCAAGCUGGCUGAAGAGGGAGGCGAGGGUGACGGGCUGCUCAGACUGGAGAGUCCAGCGACGCCCGAGAGGAUCCGGUUGAGUUGCGUCGACCCUAUCAUGGAACGUGCCAGGGUGGCACCGAAGGAGGGGGAGAAGAGCUUCUUUAUCGCCAUCUAG